AUGUUAAAAUUGUUUUUUAUUUUUAAAUUAUUCUAUUUAAUAUCGUGUUCAUCUGAUAUUAUACUUGAACCGAUCAAAUCAGGAGCAAUACCUGUAUCAUUUAUAUUUUUACCCGGUGCUGAGUUACCACCUGAACGUUAUGUUCCAUUACUUAAAAAAGUUCAAUUGGUAUCAUCAUAUUCAUUAUGGAUAGCUAUUCCAUCAUUUCCGGAUAAUUUUCCAAUUGUACAAUUACGUCCUAAAGUCAUUGAUGAAAUUCUUGAAAAAUUAUAUAAAUCAGGAAUGUCAAUGAAUGCAACUAUUUUUCUGGGUGGUCAUAGUUUAGGUGGUAUAGCAUCACAAGCGUUAGCAAUUAAAUAUAAAAAUAAAAUAUUUGGACAAAUAUUAACGGGUGCAUUUCUUGAACGUAAAUAUGAAUUAGCAAAUACAAUUUAUCCCGUAUCUACAUUAAUAUUAUCCGGUGAACUUGAUAGUUUAGCACGUGUUACACGUAUUAUUGAAUCAUUUCAUUUUUAUUCUACAUAUCCACAUUUUACAUUAAUUAUUCCCGGAAUGAAUCAUAUGAAUACUGCAUCAGGUAACCCGUCAAGUCAUAUUAUAAAAAAUGAUAUUAAAUCAGAAAUAAAUGAAACUAUUGCACAUCAACAAUUAUCAAUUCGAAUAUCUGAUUAUAUAAAUAUGCGUUUAAAUAAUCAAACAAUGACGCCAAUGCUUGAAGAUAAUUUAAAACAAACAAGAUUAUUUUCUCAACCGUAUUUUGAUGCAUUAGAUCUUGAAGGUUUCUAUCAUUUUAUCCCACCAUGCUAUAAUCAAACAAAUGAUAAUUGCCAGAUAGGUAGUAAAUGGAGUGCAUAUGGGCAAAAAAUUAUGAGUGGUCUUAAUGAUUCUAUUCAUUUAAAUAUAUCUGAUAAAUUUCAUAUUGUUUAUAAAUUACCCGAACAAUUUCCACAUUUAGAUAAUAAUUGUUCAUCAAUAGAAAAUUCAAGUAAUUGUACAUUAAAUAUUCAUACUGUAACACAAAAUGUAUAUGAUUUAACUGAUGAAUUUGAUACUGGUGAAACGCAUACAUCAGCUGAAGAAAUGCGUGUAAAAAUGAUUUCAAGACAAGUCUUAUUAAAAGCUGUUGAUGGAAAAGAACAUGAUUUUAAUCAGACAGAUAAUCAAUCUUUAUGUGGUUUAAUUAAUCAACAUGCACUAGAUUGGGCUUUGGAACAUGCAGGAAAUAAAACAAAAGAACGCUAUGAAAAAAUAGGAAAAAAAAUGAUAAUAGGAGAUGAUAUUGGUCCACUUAAUGCUGGUCCCUUAUGGAUAUGGACACCAUUACAAUAUGAUCUUGGUAAAGAUAGUCAGGGUAAAUCAUUUGUAACUGUACGUUCGCCUACAUUACGAUUUCCAAGUAAUUAUUCAAUUUCAGCAGUAGCUGGCUUUCAUUAUUGCAAAUUAUUAAGUCCAGGCCGAGCGCUUGAAUGGAUUUCUAUAGACAGUUUAAAACCAUAA